GCUCUGGAAACUCCAAUGAGAGCGCCCUUCACACACACGAAGCCCCGCCUCCCUCCCCUCCUGCCUCCAAAGAACACCACGUCUACAAAUGACAACUCACCCGGAAGUUGUUCCCGCUCGCGCAAGGUGGAACCCGGUCACUUCCGGUCGUCGGUUCCGGUUGGUGUUCCCUCCUUUUCUUUAGGCCACGCCGCAGGUCGGAGCUGCCUCCCGCGCAGGCUCCUCGUCCCCUUCGAGCGCUUGGCGAUGCUGCUGCGGAGCCGGCAAGGCCCUGGAGCCUCGGCCUCAAUGCUGCCCCUCUUCUCCGUCCUCUUCCUCCUCCUCGCCGCGGCCUGGGCCUCGGAGAUCACCUUCGAGCUGCCCGACAACGCCAAGCAGUGCUUCUACGAGGAGAUCGCGCAGGGCACCAAGUGCACCCUAGAGUUCCAGGUGAUCACUGGAGGACACUAUGAUGUUGACUGUAGGCUAGAAGAUCCAGAUGGAAUUGUGCUGUACAAAGAGAUGAAAAAACAGUACGAUAGUUUUACCUUUACUGCAUCCAGAAAUGGAACAUACAAAUUUUGUUUCAGCAAUGAGUUCUCCACUUUCACACACAAAACAGUAUACUUCGACUUCCAGGUUGGAGAUGAACCACCUCUAUUUCCUAGUGAAAAUAGAGUUACUGCACUUACUCAGAUGGAGUCAGCCUGCGUUUCAAUUCAUGAGGCUCUGAAGUCUGUCAUUGACUACCAGACUCAUUUUCGAUUGAGGGAAGCACAAGGCCGCAGCAGAGCAGAAGACUUAAACACUCGGGUGGCCUAUUGGUCAAUAGGAGAAGCUAUCAUUCUUCUUGUAGUUAGCAUUGGGCAGGUAUUUCUUCUCAAGAGCUUCUUCUCAGACAAAAGAACCACCACAACUCGUGUUGGAUCGUAACUCAUGUUGAGAAAAUACUUCAAACCCACUAUUUGUAAAAAAAAAAGAAAAGAAAAGAAAAGUGUUCUUCAUAUGUCUAGUUGCAGAACAAUUAAAAUGGGGAACAUUUUAAAUACCUUUGCCCUUUCCUUUCCAGUUAAAAUUGAAAAAUACAUAUUUCCCAAAGGCUGUGGGGAAAGGCAGCUUUUUAUUUGUGUUGUUUGGAUUUUUCCUUUUGUUCAUAUCUUCUGAGACACCUAACUUAAGGUUUCUAUUUUUUAAAACUAAUGAGAUUAUCUGGUAGGAACAUAGUGCUUUAAAAUAAAUUCUUUAAAUGGUGGUUUUGAAAAUUGCCUGGGUGCAGUCUGUUUUCUCAAAUUUGGGAGGUAUAGGAAUAGAAGGCAAAUAUUUGGUCCAAUGACUUGUACUGCAUUGUUUUGUUUUGCUAUGAAAAUUCUAGUCAUAUUUUCUUACUGAACCAUUUCAGCAGUUCUUAUUUUUACAGUACCAACUUUUAGACUAAACUAUGGAGAAACCAAUCCUCUGUAUAUUGGCAAAAAAUCUUUUUAAACGAAAUAAAUGGGGAGAACACCUUGUAAUUCUUGAAGCUGAGUCUUUGAGCUUUUGCUGCUGCUGCUCUGAAGAACUGAAAUAUCAACUGGCUUUGACACAAACCAUCUAAACUUUUCAGUUCUAGUUUCUUAGUAAGACUUGAAGUCAGUAAGACUAAGCUGAAGUACAGUAAGUGAUAUAGUUUGUUACUAAAUUAAUCUUACAGUCUCUUCAUUAGCAAUGUCAGUAGUCCUAUGAGACCUCCUUGAUAUAAGUUAUUUUGCAGGUUGUAAAGUAAAUUGGCUUACUAAACAAUAUGUCUGCAAAUAUAGGACACAAUUGAAUAGUCUUGGUAAAUGUAUUACAUUUGUUUAUUUAAGUCUAGUAACUUGGAAAAUACUUUCUGAUGGCUAUCAUACAGAAAUGUGUUUCUUUCUCCUGGUCAUUAUCAUUUUUGGAUAGAAGCAUCAUUUUGUGUAUAUUUGGAGCAACAGAUUUCUUGCCGUAUAGCAGUGGAGGGGAGUUGUUAACCAUGCAGAUGUUUUUAGACUUCAUUUCCCACAAUUCUUAACCAUUACCCUUGCUAGAUGACUCUGAUGGGAGUUGGAGGCAAAAUAUCUGCAGGCCGAAAAGUUAUUCUUUCCCACUUUGAUUUAUUGUUCGUUUAUUUUGAUGACUCCAAAUAGACAAUGUCUUAUAUAUGCCUGUAGAGAUGUGGGAUUGCACAGGCUACUGUAGUUUCAAGUAACCAAACUGAAAUUAGUAUCACCACCAUAAUGAUAAAACACAGCUGUUUGAAAGUAAACCUCAUUGAGUAUAGCUUCUAAAUACAUAUGUAUUUAAUUGGAGAAUGUGGCCUUUCAGAGACGGUGGAGCCAAUUUUUGCACUGUUUGAACAUGAAAAUACCACUAUGCUCAAAGACUUACCAUGGUAAAAAUGCAGUCUUCGAUUAACUGUUUUUUUAUUCAAAGGUGACACUUUGUGAGGCUGCUGUAGAUAAUCAGUCCUGGGAAAAUCCACCUAUUGCACAGUGUGUUAUACUUAAGUCCUCAGCAUGAAUCUAGGCCAAGUUCGCAUAACUUGUGGCCCUCCGGGUUUUUGGGACUCCCAGUUCACAGAAGCCUUAGACAGCUUGUCCAAGGGUCAGAAAUUCUGGGAACUGAAGUCCAAAACUCCUGGAAGACCAUGGGUUAUGCAGACCUGAUCUAGGCUGUGGUAUUCAAGUGCUGGUAUGGUAUUCAAGGCACAGAAAUACUCCCAUCACUGAUUAGCUCAGCUUCUAAAUUUGUUAAGACACUCUUGGUUCAGCUAGUUAUUCAAGUAAUUAAAAAUGUCAGCUGCUUGAAUAAAAAUGUCACAUAGUGUAUUCAGCUUUUUAGAAGGUACAACAUGAAUGUGUUUUAGGGACAAAGAACAUCACUGUGCUGUACUAUUUAAAAUCCUGUAGAAAUAACUUGGUGUACAAUGUUCUUGUUUUCCCAAUGGAAUUUGCGUAAAAUAAAUGUCUUGACUGUUUUUGUCAAUUUCUUGCAAAACUCAUGCCAUUGAAGAGGAUAGGCAUAGAUAAGUUAGUUUUCAGAAGAGAACACUUAUUAAUUCUGGAAUCCCACACCACUGCCACUUCGAUUCCUGUUACCAAAAGAUAUAAGCAGGAGUGCCAUGUAAAUUCUGUAGAUAGGCAGAAAUAGUCACAGUUGCAAGAAAAAGCAAUGAUGUCCAUUUGUUCUGAAUAAAAUUCUAAACUGCUUGUGAGUUGAUCUGUCAAGCUUUUUAGAUUGCCUAAUCAGUCCAGAUUUAGGUAUUUGUGGCUACCUUAUUAUAUUUAUAUGGCAGGUAAAUUUUAGCAAUCAUUGGCCAUGCAAAAAGCUUUGAAAUGAGUUUUCUGCAAAAUAUGACUACAACUGCUAUCUGUCAGAUUUCUGUAAAUGGCUGCCAUGACACUAUCUGAAUCCUCCCCACCUCCAUUAUUAAUGUCUGUUUUGAUUUUUCUGGUGUAGGAUUUCUGACUCCUAACAAAAGAAGCUGUUGCAUCCAAAUCAUAUUGCUGCGUAAUAUGCAGUGUAUUUUUCUAUGUUUUCUUCAUACAUUGCAAACAUUUCAGGGUACCCAUAUAUUUUUCUGGCAUCCCGUCUUAGGUUAGUAGUAGAGAACCAGUAGACACACACAAUCAAACACUACAACAGGUUUCUGCAUUUAUGUAGAGAGCCAUUCAUAACAGUCAAACAGUAGUCUUUCAUUACAUCUCUAUGUUUGAAGAACAGCUUAGUCCUGCCAUGAUGCUGACUUUCUGGAUAUGAUUUGCUUGAAAUCUCCAUGAUGUGAAGUGUCCUGUUUCUGAUAUAACUUGCAAACUUUGGUUCUUGAUGUUAAUAAGACUGUGCUGGCCCAGUGAAAAAUUAUAUGAAAAAAUAUAUUAAGAUAAGGUUCUGUUGGAGUGGUUCCUUAUUCGGAAACUUUCUUGACUUUUGGAUGUUCUCAAAAAUCAAGAUGGGGGAAGUAUUAUCUUUUUUUAUAUAUUGCUGAAUGGGGAUGAUGGAGGCUGUAGUCCAAAACAUCUGGACAGCACUAUGUUGGGCACGUUCUAUCUUAUUAAAGACUGAAAGCUGAUUGAGAA